UGAUGUAUCAAUUGGCCAAAUCUACCAUUCCGAUACAAGAAGCUUAUCACAAGUUCACAAUGCGAUGGGUUCCUCUGUUUUACACCCGUGUAUUAUCAGGCGCUGGGCUUUUACUCAGCUAUCCAAUGCACUUACCAAUCUCUAUACGUGGGUUUUGACAGCCAAUGGGCAAGACAUGCACGGUGAUGACGGUUUGCUACCUGGUAGACAUCUGCUGAAUACAGUCAUCGCUAUAGCUACGCCGUAUACUAGGAUCUACAUGUCUACUUCUCCCGGUUUAUUUAGUGUAAAUCUACUUAGGAACCCGAAUUCUAGGUCAUUUCGAAAGAAACAUACGACCUCAGCUCUUUCAUGUCACUCUUUCCUGUACUUUUCGAUUGGUCGCCGCCCAUCAAAAUGUCUUUGGUGUAAAUGAACCAUUACGAACGACAAUCAGAUCUUGGGUCCAUUCCAAAAUGCGAUUGUCUACAUUCGUUCUUUCAAUUUUCUUCCCUUCUUUCACUUACACAGCUGUACCACUAUGUUAUUAUCCAAAUGGAGUAAUUGUGUAAGAUACGCCCUGCAAUCAAUAUCAGAGGUCCUCUAGCCAUUCCAUGUGCUUAGGUCCAGCAUACCCCUCGUCAAGAGACUCUGCUCUCUCAGAUAUGAACGCAGUGCCUGCUGUUCAUGGGGUGGAAUCUGUGGUUUUCCUCUCGCGGGCUACUUGACUGCGCACCUGCCCUUCCAACUCGUGCCAAGACUCGCGACUUCCUCCCUGAUAGGUAGCAUGACACGUCUGCCUUGCAUGCACAUGUGUUCAAAUAAUCUGGGCUUUGGCUCGCAGAAUCUACAUCCAAAGCUUCCUAUAUACACUCGAUAGACCGGUUCACCGCAUCUUUUCCCGAUGCAUUCCUGCUCGCACUACUUGAGCUGGCCAGCUAUGGCCACGGCUUCGUCCACGGCGGCUGCAGACGCUGAGCGGAAGCCUCCAGAUGACCCGAAGUACCGACUCGAGCAUUCUGUCUCUAGCACGGCAGGAUGUAACCGAGCUGCUUGCCACCGGUCCGGGACCAAGAUUGCAAAAGGCGAGCUGCGCAUCGGCACAUUGGGCUUGUUGGUGAAUGAAGACAAGUACUUUUAUCAGUGGCGUCACUGGGGAUGUGCAACGAAGGCACAAGUCAAGAAAAUGAUAGUGCUGGCCGAAGAAAACCCUGCCAAAGUUCCUGGCUAUGAGUUCAUCAGCGCCGAAAGCCAAGAGCAAGUACGACUUGCAUUUGAGCAGGGAGAUGUUGUUGAUCGAGGGUUCGAGGACGUUCGGACCGACCUUUGCAGGAGCUUUGGUAUGGCUAGCGACGAGACCAUUAAUGCCAUAGGCUUCAAGGUGGAGGUGACCACUCGGGCUUCAGCUUUCUGUCGAAGCAUUGCUUGCAAGGCCCUGAAGAACGAGAAGAUGGCUAAGGGAGAGCUAAGGCUGGGACUCUUGACGGUUUUCCAAGGAGAUCACACAUCUUGGUGUUACAAGCAUUGGAGGUGCGCCACUAAGAUCGAGCUGAACGGUGCCCGCAAUUCUCACCGAGAAGGCGAGCUCGAAGGCCUUUCGAGCCUUCCAGAGGAAUACCGGAAUGCCAUCUUGGAAUCUUUCGAGAAAGAUGAAGUCAUUGAUCCACCACUACUGGAGUUCAAACCCCCCAAGAAGGUUAAGAAGUCUCGUAAACAGAAAGAUCUGGACACUGACCUGGUACGUGAUCUUCCUGGCAUACACUACAUCGAGACACCCGAUUGUGGCGUUUCAGCGCCCUACAGCGUAGAGCGUUCUGUACUUCAGGAUACCGAGGAAGAUCACCCCGUAUCUUCAAAGAAGGCCAAGCAGUCUCGCCCCAAGAGCGUUAGCACCGAGGAAGACGAGUAUGAGCCGUCCAAGAAGAUCACAAAAUCCCGCGUCCAAAGCGUCGACACCGAGGAAGACCAGUGGGAGCCUCAGAAGAGAACCAGGUCCUCCCGCAAGAAGACCGCCGGUGUUGGCGAGGAUGGAGCCAUCGCUUCCAAGAAGAGCAAGGGCAAGAAGCGUAGUGCCGAUGAAACACAGGCUGAGGGCAUCGGAGAGCUUGGAGAGAAAUCCGAUGACCUCAAUCCAAAACGCAAGAGGGGCAGACGUUAACGUUAAUGCAUCUGAGUUCUAGCUGUUGUUGCUGGAGCAAUCCAUGUAUACCAACCGCAUGCCUAUGAAUGGGCAUGGUGGAAUUACGAUAUGCAGAUUGACCGGCCAUCAUAUGGGACCGGCGUACUCGCGUUUCGCAAUUUGUGAUUAUCUCAUAAUGCGCCUGGCACCUACGAUCGAUUGAUAUCCAGGUGGUGCGCGAAUCGAAGGUGCAUCGUC